ACUGUGUUAGAACAUUUAAAAUCAUAAAUUAAGCUACUACAUAAUGAAGGUAUUACUAAAACAUUAUGGUAUGGUUAGAUAAUAUUAUAGAAUAGCAUAAAAAUACUAUGAUUUAUGGUACCCAUUCAGAACCAUAUGCCCAUCAUCACUGAACCAUAGUAAGGACUGUAACUACAGGUAAUUUACUCUUCUUCCUUUUUUACAUUGUCUGCUGAGCCACAGUGUGUAAAAAUAUACAGUAAUGUUUUGUGUGUAAAAUCUGAAUGACGUUCAUAGCAGCAUUCCUGAACAAUCUGUGUUCCUCUCACGCUCAGUCUCUUGAGACAUAGAGAAAACUCCAGCUCCAGGAAUAGAAACACACAUACAGUUAACCUGAAUACCAGAAAUAGCACACACUACAAGAAUAGAAAUAUUUCCUCUGUCUUGUUCGCUGGAUUCCCGUAAAAUUGGCUGUGCGUUAAGAAUCACGCGUUCAUUAUGAAUGGCGGAAACUGGGUGUCAGGUUUAAACUAUGAGUACAACACAGAGCAUAUGUGACGCAACAUCUGGUCAACUGUAAUGCUAAUGUAAAAAGAGAGUCUGAAAUGGUAAAUACAUACACAGCUGCACAUGUUUAGCUGGACGCAUGUGGCUGAUCCUCCGGGGAAUUGCUGUGUGCUGCUGGAUGUAGAGUCAAUAAUAAUACAUACUGGUGAGGACAUUUCCCAGUGGUUCGUUCCAUUCCAGCAACUUAAAUAAAUCAUUGCAUCUUCCUCCCUUUUUUUCUGUGGAAACAAAACGUUACUCACAGCCAAAAUUAUCGGAAUCCAAGUAAUACAUAUCUGAAGAAGAUGUAAAUAUUACUUUUGCAAUAUUACUUGUUCUCGCAACAAUAUUUAUAGAGCACAUUUAAACACAACCAAAGUUGAUUGCUCAAGGUUGGGUGCUUUACAAAGAAUAAAAGGACAAAAAAUAAAAUAAAAAAUAAAAAUCACACUUUAAACUCGAGUCAAACAGAAUGCCUAAUUCACAGCAAACUGUGUAUAUAUGGAGUAAGGAAUACAAGAUUAAAAAAGCAAUGUUUUUCUUGGACCAAACAAAAUAAUUUUAGAGUUGUUUUCAUUUAGGUGUAAGAAAUUACUUGAAAGCCAUAACUUAAGUUUGUUUAGAGAGUAUACGUUAUUACGCCAUACAGGAAACUUAAGCUGGGUAUCAUCGGCAUAUAGAUGAAAAGAAACACUAUGUUUUUUGAAAAAUUGAAGCCAAGGGGAGCAGAUACAUGGAAAACAACACAGGCCCAAUGACUGAACCUUGAGGAACCCCACAAUCAAGAGGAAUGAUAGAGGAUGAGUAAUGCCCUAAUCAAACAGUAAAACAAAUACUUGAAAUACAAAUAAGAGCGAAACCACCGUGUUGUGGUCAACAAAGUCAAAUGCAGCCCUUAGGUUUGAGAUACUAUCUAUCUAUCUGUCUGUCUAUCAUUCUAUCUAUUAUUCUAUCAUCAAUAACAUUUUCUGUAUCUGCUUUGUUUGAGAUAAUAUUGUUAUGAGAUAUUAAAUUAGUUUGUUCUUUAUGUAUCCUCCUUUAAAUUGUGUUGUUUCAAUGCAUUUUAUCCAAACUUUUGCAAAACUCAGUCACAGUGUGUUCAUUGUGGGGGCUCUGAUAACUCGCUUGCAAGUGACACCACAAGAUAUGUACAUUACGACAACCUAACCACCCACAGUUGGGCAGUCCCAUGACUCACAACACCAACACCUGAAUAUACAAUAUGCUAGAUCAAUGUCUAUGAACCUGGUUCCUGGAAGACCCAACACUGCAUCAUUUGAAUGUGUUUAUUAACAGACACACCUGAAUCUACUGAUUAGCUCAUUAAAGGUGAAUUAGCUUUGUAAACUAGAAGGAAACAUUGCUGAUGUGCAGUUUUGGGUGAACAGGGAUGCUAAAUAAUGGCAGUGCCAUCUGCAAUGGUGGAUAGCCAGGAAAGUGAAGCUCUUUAUGGGAGCUUGCUGUGAACACAAAUCUCACUGCCACACCAUAGUUAGCAAAAUGAAAUGACUGUGAGAUUUCAAAUCUCUAUAUAUAGGUUAAAAAAAAUAAUUUCGACAUUUCAUUCCUAGUAAAAGGAGUAAAAAGGAGAUAUAACAGUUCAAACCAGUUCAUCUUGUGAAAAUGCUAUCACAAAGUUUAGAACUGUUGUUUUCUUAGUGUGAAGAACAUUUUAAAAAUCUUAAGAAGCUUUUGUGGAAUGCCAGAGUUCCAAUAGAUGUCCGGUGAACUUCAUGGAACCAUAUGCCAAUAAAGAACCCUUUUUUUGUAUAGCGUGUAACUGGCACCAGAACUGGUCUGUCUAGUACUUCUUCUGUCUAUCUAAUUUGAAACCUUUUGGGUUUAAUUCAUACAACUGCAGCUUUACAUUAUUACAAUAUUUAUAUUAUUUCCCAGAUAUUGUCCUCUCCAUCUGUUCAGCAUUCAUUGCUAUAUUAAACGUCACCACGUAGUUUCUGGCCCUGACUGUCAGUGUUGUAAAGCUACUAUUAACUGGCAAAAGACCAGCAAGAAAUUCAUGCAAGUCAUUUCAGCAGGGAACAUAUUUCUCUUUAUUGCACUGAUUAAACUAAUAAUACUACAUUUACUAAUAUUUCCAAAGUCUAUACACAGUAUGCAUUUGUAUAAGAAUCUACUCAAUAAGAGGAUAUUAAAUUGUUUUAUUAGUUUGGAGAGUUCCUCAACGAAGUGCAUCCCUUGGGGACAAUUCUGUUGUAAGACAAUCUUCUUGUUUUACAAGCUACAAAUCAAAGUGAAUUGUGUCGUAUCCCACCAGAGCUACCAUGUGAUCAGUAUGUUUUACAAUGACAAAUAUUUGUUGUACAUGCAUGUGUGAGACGGGUUUGUGUUGUGCAUGAGGUGCCAGCGGAGGUGUUGUCCCACCUCAUGCUGUUCUGCACUGGGAGAAUCAGGGAAGGAAUGGCUGAGGUGAUUCACACAUGAGUCAACAGCUAGCAGCUAUAUAAGCCUGACCACUCAUGGAGCCUGGUCAUCAUACAGACCUCAGAUCGCAAAGUAGGUAUUGCAGCUCUGUUGCAAAGUUGAAGACCACUCAACACAGGAAGCAUGUAUUUUCCAGCUCUUCUCUACCCCUGCAUUUUGGGCAUGCUUGGACUGGUUCAUGCCAUUCCAGUUCAUCAGGACAGCCUGAAAAACUUGGUCAAACCACAGGCAGAGACCAUUAUCCUCAGAAUCAAGGAUCACAAUAAGCUUAAACUAUCUCCAAAAAUCUUCAUUGAUCCAGAACUUUACCCUGAGGUUCCUGCUGAUAAACCCAUCCAAGGUCUUGGGUCUAUCGUGGACACCCUAACUACCUUCCAGAAGAUCCUGCAAAAGCUGCCCAAUGGGAAUGUGAGCCAGAUAAGCACCGAUUUGUUCACACUUCUGGGUAACCUGAAGGAUAGAAUGAAAUCCUUGCGUUGCACACUCAAGGAGCCAGCUAAUGACAGGUCACUGGACGCCUUCUUGGAGAACAACGCCACCCACCCCAUUACCUUAGGGUUCUUGGCUUUAGACCGACUGAAACAGUUCAUGCAAAAGCUGAUAAUUAAUCUGGAUCAUUUGAAAAGCUGCUAAUUUGGUAGCAUUAAAAUAUACUAUUUAUUAUAUUUAUUUAAAACCUUGUAUAUUUAUAGUCCAGAGCAGCAUUUUGGCAGAUAUUGAUAUGUACAAAUUUAUUCCCCUACAUCAAGCAGGGAAACUAAAAACGCUGUCGCAAAGUCAUGACAUGCCGAACAAUCUAUCCUUACUACGUAAACACUAGCAAUCUGAUGCCUGCACACAUUGCCAUGUAUUACUUCAUGUUGUCUGCAGGAUGACAUCAGCAUUUGUGGAGCGUGCUCAGUGAUGUCACUGUGUUUACCAGAAGCAACGAGGUCAGACUCUGCUGGGAAGCACAAAUCAUGUUCCCAAUCUUGCUGCAACACCAGCCUUGUACACACUCAGAAAAAAGGUACAAAGUUGUCACUGAGGUGGUACCUUUUCAGAAGGUAUGAAUAUGGACCAUUACAGUUCUAUGUACCUUUAAGGUACUAAUAUGCACCUUUUAGUAGUAAAUGAGGAGUGCCCCAGUGAUUGUUUCUGUCCUUUUUUUCCUCUGCGGGUAUCGGGGGUUAAGGGUAACUCAUAUUUUCCUACACAAUAUGAAUCUAUGCACUUUGAAUAAUAUCCUGAAUAUUGUUUUGUAUUUUGUGUAUUGAUGCAUUUUUAUAUAUAUAUACAUAUAAAAUGUGACCAAUAAAUAAAUUCUAUG